CCCGGAUCCUCCUCCUCCUUCUCCUCCCCUCCGCUAGUCCUGGUUGUUGCAGACAUGGACCCCACCUUCGUCCAGAAUCUGCACAGUCUCCUCAUACAGUUUACCUCCAAUGACACCGUUCAGCUGAAGGCGGCCACGGCUCAGCUAAACAAGGAGUUCUACAAGAACCCGCAAUGUAUCCCUGCUCUCGCGAGCAUCAUGGCUAGCUCUCCGGAGCAGGCAGUUCGUCAACUCGCCGCCGUCGAGCUUCGAAAACGCACCAUACAGGCUAGCGGAGACUUCUGGACGCAGGUGGACGCUAACAGCAGGGAGGAGAUCAAGAGCAAGCUUCCCGAGAUCGUCCUCGCCGAAUCGAACAACCUCGUCCGCCAUUCUAUCGCCCGUGUCAUUGCCGCCAUCGCCUCCGUUGAAAUCCCCCUCGGCCACUGGCCCACCCUCUUGCCAUUCCUCGAACAGACCUGCCUGUCUCCGCAGGCCGCGCACCGCGAAGUCGGCAUCUACAUCCUCUUCGCCGUCCUUGAAAAUAUCGUCGAGGGCUUCGAGUCACAUUUGCAGACGCUCUUCAAGCUCUUCGGCAACCUCCUCAAUGACCCAGAAAGCGUUGAGGUUCGGAUAACGACCGUUCGUGCUCUUGGUGUCAUUGCUCAAUACAUCGACGCCGAUGAUAAAGCAGAUAUCAAAUCCUUCCAAGAGCUCCUUCCUGCCAUGAUCAACGUGAUUGGUCAGAGUGUCGAGAGUGGCAACGAGGCUGGCGCCCGUCAACUUUUUGAUGUUUUCGAGACGCUUCUCAUCCUCGAAAUCCCUCUUCUCAGCAAUCACAUCACCCCGCUUGCCGAAUUCCUCCUCCGUUGUGGUGCGAACCGCAACUAUGACCCGGAACUCCGUGUCCUGGCCCUGAACGCCCUGAACUGGACCGUUCAAUACAAAAAGUCCAAGGUCCAAGCGCUGGGCCUUGCCCCCGCCAUUCUCGAGGGCCUUAUGCCUAUCACCACCGAGGAUGAGCCCGACGACAUCGACGACGACGCGCCCUCUCGUUCUGCCCUUCGCAUCGUCGACUGCCUCGCGACUAGCCUCCCCCCUGGUCAGGUCUUCCCCGCUCUCAGCAAGCUCAUCCGCCAGUACUUCACGUCUUCUGAUCCUGCUCAGCGUCGUGGCGCCAUGCUCGCACUCGGCGUGUCAGUUGAGGGUUGCAGCGAGUACAUGACUCCUCUCAUGGGCGAGGUCUGGCCAAUGAUCGAGGCCGGCCUCCAGGACAGCGACGCGACCGUGCGCAAGGCGUCCUGCGUCGCCGUCAGCUGCCUGUGCGAGUGGCUCGAGGAGGAGUGCGCAGCCAAGCACGCGUUCCUCGUCCCGACGAUGAUGCAGCUUGUGAACGACCCCGUCACGCAGCGCCCCGCGUGCACCGCACUCGAUGCACUACUCGAGAUUAUGCACGAAGUCAUCGACCAGUACUUGAACCUCAUCAUGGAGCGCCUCGUCGGCCUGCUCGACACGGCGCCCCUCGCGGUGAAGUCGGUCGUGAUUGGCGCGAUUGGGAGCGCGGCGCACGCGUCCAAGGAGAAGUUCCUACCGUACUUCCAGCCGACGAUGGAACGCUUCAAGCACUUCCUCGUUCUCACCGGCGAAGGGGAGGAGCAGGAGCUCCGCGGGAUCACGAUGGACGCCGUCGGCACGUUUGCAGAGGCGGUCGGCAAGCAACACUUCGCACCGUACUUCAACGAUAUGAUGGGCCAGGCGUUUAACGGUAUCGAGCUCGGCUCGGCGCGCCUGCGCGAGUGCAGCUUCUUGUUCUUCGGGGUCAUGUCGAGGGUGUUCGGCGACGACUUUGCGCCGUACCUCCCUACUGUCGUCCCUGCGCUCAUCCAGAGCUGCAAGCAGGCUGAGCACGGCGAGGAGGAGAGCCUCACAUUCCAGAACCCUGACUUCGCGGCGAAUUUCGCAACUGGCCUCACGCCUUCGAGCGCCAUCAAAGUCUCGGACGAGCUCGUGAACAUCGACGAAGACGACGGCACCGACCUUGACAAGCUGCUCGACGUGAAUAGCACGAUCUGCAUCGAGAAGGAGAUCGCGGCGGACACCAUCGGCGUCCUUUUUGCGCACACAAAGGGCCACUUCCUGCCGUACGUUGAGCAGUGCACGGUGACACUCGUCGAGCUCCUGUCGCACUACUACGACGGGAUCCGUAAGAGCGCAACGGAUUCGCUGCUUGAGAUCGUUCGCAGUUUCUAUGAGCUGAGUGACCCGCAGGAGUGGCAGCCUGGCCUUCACGGCUACCCCCCUCUCAACCCUCGUGUCAAGGAGCUCGUUAACGUCUCUCUUCCCCCGCUAUUGGAGAUGUACGAGACGGAGGACAACAAGAAGGUUGUGUCGUCCUUGUGCGUAGGUCUUGCCGAGACGAUCACCAAGAUCGGCCCCGCCUUCGUAGAAAACCGCAUCGAGCUCAUCGCGAAGAUUGCUAUCCAAGUCCUCGAGCAGAAGGCGAUCUGCCAGCAGGACCCCGACCAGGAUGAGGCUGAGGAAGCUCCCGAAGACUCCGCGGAGUACGACUCGAUUCUCAUCUCGUCAGCAGGAGACCUCGUCGCUGCGCUCGCUACCGCUCUCGGACCCGACUUUGUGUCUGGUUACGAGAAGUUUGCGCCCCUGAUUACGAAGUAUUAUAAAAAGAACCGGUCCCUCAGCGACCGCUCGUCUGCCAUUGGUACUCUGUCCGAGAUCAUUGGUGGUAUGAAGAGCGCCGUCACGCCCUACACCCAGGAACUCAUCGACCUCUUCUACCGCGCGUUGAGCGAUGAGGAGCCCGAGGUUCAGUGCAACGCAGCGUUCGCCACCGGUCUCCUCAUCGAGUACUCCAACGUCGACCUCUCGCCACAGUACCUCACCAUCCUUGGCGCGCUCCGGCCCAUCUUCGAAGUCCCCGCAGAUGCGCCUGCCGCUAAGCUCAAUGCGCGUGAUAACGCCGUUGGUGCGGUCGCGCGGAUGAUCGUCAAGAACACCGCCGCACUCCCGCUCGACCAGGUCCUGCCCGUGUUCCUCAGCGCACUGCCGCUUCGGAACGACUACCUUGAGAACAGGCCUGUCUUCCGCGCGAUUUUCCACCUCUUCAAUACCCAGCCUGCUGUUCUCCACCCGCACCUCGACAAGCUCCUGCAUGUGUUCGCGUUCGUGCUCGACCCCACAGGCCCCGAUCAGGUCGGUGACGAAAUCCGGGCAGAGGUCAUCAACCUUAUUGGUCUCUUGAACCGCGAGGAGCCCGGCAAGGUUCAGGCGGCGGGUCUGACUGCGUUCGUCCCUGGGCAGUAGAGGAUUCACGAGUACGCAACAAGAAGCCAAGGAUUAAGUAGAAGAAGUAUUACCCCCCUGUUAUGUGUUCCCUGUCCUGCUUGUUUUCUUUACGAUCUUACGUGCAUUGUGCAACGCUGUCCGCUCCCUUCUUCUCCUGUCUCAUUCACGUCGAUGACUUUACGAACCCGACCCCCAUCCACACUGUCC